AUGUCCACCGCCCUCAAAUCCAUCCGCUCGCUAGUUCCCCUCCUCGACCGUGUCCUCGUGCAGCGCGUCAAAGCCGAGUCACGUACCGCGGGCGGCAUCUUCCUCCCCGAAUCAUCCGUCAAGGAACUCAACGAGGCGAAAGUCCUGGCCGUCGGACCCGGAGGUUUCGACAAGGAAGGCAAGAGAAUGGCCAUGAGCGUGCAGGAGGGCGACAAGGUGUUGAUCCCCCAGUAUGGCGGCAGCCCCGUCAAGGUUGGGGAGGAGGAAUAUCAUCUGUUCAGGGAUCACGAGUGA